UCAUAACUUGUGCUUUGUUGUAAUGUUACCUCUGAAAACUGACAUACUAGCAUUUAUUGCUUUUAUUGCCCCUCCCAGGUGGCUUCUGAAAGAGAAAAUCAAGUGACACAUGUUUAAGAAGGGUUUAAAAGUUUGACGUGGUUGGGUUAGGCAUUAUUUACCUAGCGAGAAGCAGAAGAUUGGUGCUUCUGCGGACUUGUGUGACCAUCUGAGCAGCAAAUCCAGCAAUGAAUAAUUCAACGGGCUGUCCGGCCAGUGCAACUGUGUGCAAUGGCAUGUCCUGUGUGGUAACUAAGAAAAACUUCAAUGACAUUCUCAGUGUGGUACUGAGUACUGUCUUGACCGUCCUCUUGGCUAUGGUGAUGUUCUCCAUGGGAUGUAAUGUGGAAAUCAAGAAAUUCCUAGGACACAUAAAGCGGCCGUGGGGCAUAUGUGUCGGCUUCCUCUGUCAGUUCGGAAUCAUGCCCCUCACAGGAUUCAUCCUCUCAGUGGCCUUCGACAUCCUCCCCCUCCAAGCCGUGGUGGUACUCAUCAUGGGAUGCUGUCCCGGAGGAACCGCCUCCAAUAUCUUGGCCUAUUGGGUUGAUGGCGACAUGGACUUGAGCAUCAGCAUGACCACAUGCUCCACGCUGCUUGCCCUGGGAAUGAUGCCGCUGUGCCUCUAUAUCUAUACCAAAAUGUGGGUCAACUCUGGGACGAUCGUCAUUCCCUUUAGUAACAUAGGUACAUCUUUGGUCGCUCUUGUUGUUCCUGUUUCCAUUGGAAUGUUUGUUAAUCACAAAUGGCCCCAUAAAGCCAAGAUCAUACUUAAGAUCGGGUCCAUCACAGGUGCAAUCCUUAUUGUGCUCAUAGCUGUCGUUGGAGGAAUCCUAUACCAGAGUGCCUGGAUCAUCGCUCCCAAACUGUGGAUCAUAGGAACGCUAUUUCCUUUGGCCGGAUACUCUCUAGGGUUUUUACUGGCUAGAAUAUCUGGUCAACCCUGGCACAGGUGCCGGACAGUUGCUUUGGAAACAGGGAUGCAGAACACUCAGCUGUGCUCCACCAUCGUGCAGCUCUCCUUCACCCAGGAGGAACUCAACGUCGUGUUUACCUUCCCGCUCAUCUACAGCAUCUUCCAGCUUGCCUUCGCAGCAAUAUUCCUAGGAAUGUAUGUGGCAUACAAGAAAUGUCAUGGAAAAAAUAAUGUGGAAUUUUCAGAGAACAAAGACAAUGAAAUGGUCUCCGGGUCAUCGCUCCAUAAGGUGAAUGAAGGAUUUCAACCAGAUGGAAGGUAGACACCGACUGGACAAAAGAGAAGAAUUCUAAAAGUACAUGCUUCUGUUAACAAGAUUUAUUUGUUUUGAUGAGAUAUUUGGCAGGAAAAAGUUAAAGUGAAAAUUUAAACUCCAGUUGAAUCCAUACAUUGGUUUUGGUACCGAGUGACUGGUGGUCCAAAUCCUUAAUGUGACAAAUAUUUAUAUA